AAACUACAGUUUUUCAUUUGGCGCUUUUGCUAAGGGUCAGCUAUAAUGUAAAUGAAGGGUUCGGACGCCAAGGUGUUCUUACUGUGUCAGUUCGAGUACCUUCAUCAGGCUUAUUGCACGAAGAGUGGGAUUCGAUCCCGGGAUCUUCAAAAUACAAAGGCAAUAACUCAACGCCACUGUAAUGUUGUUCUAUGUAUAGGCCUACCUUCCGCUAAAAGUAAUUAUUUUGAAAUGUUCCACAAAAAAAUGUGCAAAAAUAUCAAAAAUUCAUUUGAAGAGAAAUAACAGAAACAGAACAAAAUACACUCAAAUGCCAUAAUUUAUUGCGCGCACAUCUGGGAGCACUGCACACAGAAAUAAUUUAUUCCGCCCAAAACAAAUGUAGAUUUUAUUAGAAAAUCUGAAGAGUUGCAGAUCCGGAAUUUAUUUUAUUGGCUUUCACUUGUUAAUUCUCCCCUUUUUUUUAACUGCGUCUUCGGUGAGCACCUGUGUGAAAGCCAGGUGAAAUGAAGGAGAGAAAUAAAGGGGUUUUGCCCCGUGCCAAUACACAAGCGGACGAGGACACCAGGGGGCAAUGAGACUCUUUGAAGCCCUUCCUUCACUGCCAUGCAAAUGAGUCGUGGGGGCGGGUCGUUUACCUGCGUUUAAAGACUCCACGUCACACUCGUACUGUACUUUACCGUCCGGGGCUCGGGUUCAACAGCAGAACUCGUGCGGGACUUUGCCUGAAGAUCUGAAAUACGUUUAAAGUAAGAUCCGUCAUCAUUCUGUAAUACUUACCCGAUACCUGCGAACAAAUGAAUUUUACAGAUAUUAAAGGUGGGAAAAACAAAUAAUAAAUAUCGCAAUUAAAAAAAAAAAAACGUGUUUAAGACCAAUUAUUAUAACGUUUUAAUUGUAGGGAUUCAAAAAGUCGUAUGAAAACCACACAGGCUUUACUUUAAACUUGGGUUUGAUGGAAUCCAGAAACUUUCUGCUGGAAAAAGCUUCGCUGAAGUAACUAGUUGAAAGGUUUGCAGACUGAUUCUGUCGAAAAGAUUUGAGCCCCAAAAGAUUUCUCUCACUGGGAUGUUGAGUUCAGUGAAGAUGGAGUCUCAUGAAGUUCCAGAGUGGAAUGCGUUCUACAGCGAGCCCAGCGAGAUGUACCCUUCACCUAGCACAAUGAAUUCCAGUCUGGGCACAAUGAACACAAUCAACAGCUACAUUAACCUGAACCCUGCUGGUUCUACAGCUGCCAUGAACAUGGGGUUCUCUACUGGCAGUCUCACCAGCAGCCCCCUGGCCACCAUGAGUGGGAGCAACAACCACAUGAGCCUGUCCCCGGUGACUUCGUCCCUCAAUCCCAGCUCCCUGACCCAAUUGGGCUCCCCAACGCCAGGCCUUGGUUCCUUCUCUCACUACCAGAACAUCAACCAGCCUAUGGGGCAACUCAGCUACCCUUCACCGACUUCAUUAAAUAGGGCUAAGGAGAUGCCAAAGCCUUACCGCCGCUCAUUGACUCAUGCCAAACCACCAUAUUCAUACAUCUCCCUCAUCACCAUGGCCAUCCAGCAGUCCAACAACAAGAUGUUGACUCUCAAUGAAAUAUACCAAUGGAUCAUGGAUCUUUUCCCCUACUACCGGGAGAAUCAGCAGCGUUGGCAAAACUCUAUUCGCCACUCUCUGUCUUUUAAUGACUGCUUUGUAAAGGUGGCCCGCUCGCCUGACAAGCCAGGCAAGGGGUCUUACUGGGCCCUGCAUCCUAACUCUGGCAACAUGUUUGAAAACGGUUGCUACCUGCGCCGUCAGAAGCGUUUCAAGAUUGAAGACAAGGCUAGCAAGAAGAAUUCUGGGAAGUCUCAGGAGGGGAGCAAAGGGGGACGCCAAGAGAAUUUGCAGGACGAGCAUAGUCCCACCCCAGGCUCAGAGGGGGCAGACUCAGGUCAGUCCAAUGGCUCUCAUCCAGGUUCAUCCACCGAAGAGCAGCAACAGCAGCGGGGCAUGAUACAGCUGGAGUGCUCUCAGCCUCAUGUCCAGGACUCCCCAGCUAUCUCCUCUGCCCCAACCUCUGUGUCCAGUACCACCCACCUUCACUCCCAGAAUGCUGGAGGCACUCAUCUCCUUCCCAGUGUUAUGCAACAUAUGGAUCUUCAAAAUGACCCCCUUAAGUCCAUGGACCCACACUACAACUUUAAUCACCCCUUUUCCAUUACCAAUCUGAUGUCCAAUGAGCAAAAGAUGGACCUCAAGUCCUAUCAGGACCAAAUGAUGGCUUACAGUGGCUAUUCCACAUCCUCACCAGUGGCCACCAAGCAGAUCUACGAUGGCGCUGGGCCCUCAGCCAUUGACUCUGGGGCUUACUACCAAACUUUGUAUAGCAGGUCAGUUUUAAAUGCUUCCUAAUAAGCUUACCGAUUUAAUGAAGGUCUGGUGACACUGUCAAGCACCUUCGAUGGAAUCAGAAUGCAAAGAAUACCAAAGGAACAGUUCUAAGUCAGAUCAGAAAAGCUACUGGUUACCAUGAAUUAACUUGAUGGUGCCAAACAAACGGGACGGGGACCUCUCUUCAGAAAAGUUAAUAAUCCAGGUUAAAAUUAAAGGGUACAGAAUGAGCCGAUAUGCACCUAGACCUCCAAAUACAAAGUCUAAAGAAGUUCAAAGGACUUCAGUAAAUUUUAUAGACCUCGUCUAAGUGUAUCUCAAUAAAUGUGCGGUUCUGUUACUGGACUGUUAACUGGGACUUAUUUUAUUGAAUGGUGUGAGUGAUGUAGGAGGGAAGAUCAAAGAACACAAACAGCUCUUCUCAGGCAAAUGUACAAAAACUGUAAGAUAUUUUUAAUGGAAUUAAAGAGGUGCAUUUAUUUAUAAAGGGAAAUUAAUAUAUGUUGUACAGAGUUGUGUUGUACAGUUAAAAUGUGAAAAGGAGUAUAAGCAGAUUAGAGGCAGAGGAAAAAUCAUGAGGUUCAGGUUACUGCUUUUAUAGUUGUUGCUGAAAAACAGGGAAUUCUUUAUUGCGUGUUACAUCAUAAUGCUACAGUGCAGUUUUAAAGUGCAUGUUUUCAAUGUAUACCUAUAAUUGUAUUUGUUGCAACUAAGAUGAAAACAUUUAUAAGAACGUGACCAACAUGUUUUUUCUUUACAUUUAUUCCUCUUUAUUUCAAGUGAAGCAGUAAGUUUAUUGUCGUCAAUAUUUCAUUUUUACAAAGGCAGAAUUAAAAAGGACCGGAAAAGUCUGUGUGUAGUCUAUUGGAAACCUGUGUAACAAUGUGCCGCGGAAGGCAUAUUUUGUUUUUUGUUGCAUAAUUUGAUAACUGGAAAAAAACAUCUGUUAUACGACUCGUAUAACAAUACUGAGACUAGCAGAACAAUGAAAAUAAUUAGCACUAGUGCUCUGAUUUGGCAGGAACAGUCAUGAAAGUGCUUUGCAACAAUACGUGUUUCUUUUUGGCAGAGCAAAAACUACGCUUCAUUCAGUUUCUGUAGCCUCCUCAAAAUCUGUCAUUGAGCUACCAGAUGUUUAGUAAUUUUUGGCCAACAAAAGCAGACAAUUAAUAAGGAAUACAUUUAAACAAAUAAUAAAAAAAUAAACUACACUUUCAGGUCAAUGUUGUUGGUAGUUUUUAAAGAAAAUAAAUGUUUAUUUAAAAUAUGUUGCUUUUAAAACAUGGAACUUAAUGUGUCUGUAUUUCUAGACUAUUUUUAUGUUGUCAUCAUUGUUUUGCUUUAUAUGUUUUUUCUUAUUAAAAAUCCAAGACU